AUGGACAAUUUUACUGGCUUUCCCACCAUCCUUGGCAUCGUAUACGCUGAGUUCCAUGCCACAUUCGGUCCCAAAGUAACAUUCGAAGUGCCUGAAGGCAUCAUGACUAGCAACAAUCCCAACUUAUCAGGCAGCCUCACCAUCAACAGCAACAACACUCCCGCAUCACCGUUAAUGUCUUCCAUCCAUUCGCCACUCGCAAUGUCACCUACAUCAUCGCAUUCGCCUACUCUCGAACACGUCGAAAACACAUCAUCUAACAGGGACGCUAUCACUGUCGACUUUGAUUCAUUAUCCGAAUACAUAAUCCCUAAACGAGAAUUGUUUAAUCAGUUACUGAUUGUGUCGACUCCCAAGUACCGAGUUAUUGGACACCCGAUAUCUGUCGAGGGUGAAAAGUAUCAACGGAAUGCCCUGCUCUUCAAUAUGUGCUUUGUGUUGGCUGGAGAUGCUGAUACUAGUGCUCAUGAGCCGGUGGUGGCUAAAAUGGCUAGAUUGUUGAGGUUGCUGGAGGUCGAAAGCGAGUUCUUGUCAAACCCAGACACAAAACAAAUGUUGCCCAACAUCAUGGAACAUAUCAUGGAGGGACUCAACUCCUAUUUCGAGUGUCGUAUACCAAUAGGUCUUCAAAACGAAGAAGACAUGAUCAGCGCAAACACCAUCGACCUCAAACUCUUCCCACGAUACCCUGAACCACCUGUAAUCCACGACUACGAAGUACCAGUCUUGAUCAUUGACCUCGUCAAGAUCAUGGAAUAUGAAAAGUCAAGAGACACGUAUUGGGAUUUAACGCUUCAGAAAGUCAUUCCUCGUAUCGAUGGGGUGUCUCAUGUCCGUCGUAUAGCCGAUUUGGCUGAUGUUGCGAUUGAUUUGGUGAGAUUGUCUGUGCAGCAUCUCUUGUACGUAUCCUUGUCUGGUUUAGCAGUCUUACGGGUGACGAGAGCUGAUGCUAUGGGUGACUUUGAUAGGUACUAUGGGUGUGUGAAGAUGGUCGAUAUCUUCCAGUUCUCAAACAUAUACGCUGUGACCGGUGAUGUCAAUAUGAUGCUAGCCAAAUGGAGCUUCCAACAAGACUGCUUGAACUUUGUUACUCUACAGAAUCAACAACAACCAAGCUUUGCAUCUAUAUUCCGAUUAUAUUGUGGAUUACGGCAUGGGCUGACUGUCCGUGAAUGGAUUGAAGAGAAUCGAGUCGCUGAAAUCAACAUUGACAUUAGACGCUUCUUUAUAUAUGGACUGGUCAAGGGCUUUGUGUAUCGAGUCCACAGAUACCCGGUUUGGACAUCACUCUUGGACGAUGACAAUAAUAGUAACAGCAACGUUGUCUCGACACCAUCUGCAUUUGCUAUUGAUCUCAUACCACCCAAGAUUCAAAGGUUGUUGGAUGGAACACAUCAUUUCGAUGACUUGUGUACCAGAUUAUCAUUAUCUGCGAGGGAGCUGGAAGAGUUCUUGGCAGGAGUGCCAGUCAUUUGCAAGUGA